AUGGGUAUUGUAUUCAUGUUCUCCACUGCUUCUUCGGCUGGGUAUAUUGGAAGUCUUGUGAAUAGCUUGCUUGUACUGCCUGAGUUCGACACCAUCAUUGGCGGACUAGAUCCCAAUAUAGUUGGGUUGAUCAUUGCUGCCACUUCUCUGGGGGCGUUAGUCUCCUUCGCGCCGGCCUCUUAUAUUGCCGAUAAGUUCGGACGCAAGACGUGCGUUGGCAUUGGAUCUAGCAUUGCGAUCGUGGGAGCUAUCAUCCAAGCCGCGGUCAAGAACCACUGGGCCUUUUUUGGUACCAGAAUCUUGUCGGGUAUAGGGAUGGGCAUCGCCCAGACUGCAGCUCCUCUCCUGGCAACUGAAAACGCACACCCACGGCAGCGACAGACGGCCACGGCCCUGUACAAUGCAUGCUGGAAUUUGGGCGCCAUUGGCUCGGCAGCGGUCACGUAUGCAACAAUAGGCAUAUCAAACAGUUGGUCGUGGAGGGUACCUUGUCUGCUGCAGAUAUCGUAUCCGUUGUUCCAGAUUCUAGGUUUGAUCGCGUUCGUACCCGAGAGCCCCAGAUGGCUGGUAUCAAAAGGAAGGAAAGAAGAAGCCCUGGCUAUUCUCGGGAAGUACCACGCGAAUGGUGACAUGGAUGACGAGCUAGUCCAGUAUGAGUACCGUUGGAUUUGCAGCACGAUCACAGCCGAGAUCACCAAUACCAGGAAGUGGAGCACCUUCUUCUCGUCAAGGGGCGAUAUGCACCGACUGGCCAUUUGUGUAUUGGUUGGGCUUAUGCAAGAAUGGGCUGGAAAUGGACUCCUAUCCUACUACCUCGCGCCGAUUCUCGAUUCAGUGGGAAUCACUAAGGCAGCCGACCAAGCAGCUGUUAAUGUCAGCCUCAAUAUCUGGAACUUACUCCUUGCGGCAGCCGGUGCACUUGCAUCGGAGCGAUACGGCCGCCGCGUUCUAUGGCUUCUUUCCACAGUAGGCAUGAUCGUUUUCCUGUCCAUGUCCACACUGGCCUCUGGUCUGUUUGCCGAAAGACAACUUCCCGCUGCUGGAAUAGCGGUAGUUCCACUCCUAUUUCUCUUUUUUGGCGCAUACGACAUGGCUUAUGCGCCUUUGUUCAUCUCGUACCCAGCUGAGGUCCUACCCUUCCAACUGCGUGCGAAGGGCAUUGCUGUCACCCUUUCGGUUGAUGCCGUAGCGUGUUUCUUCAACCAAUAUGUCAACCCAGUGGCGUUUACGGCGAUUGCAUGGAAGUAUUACUGUGUCUUCCUUGGUUGUCUAGUACUGUUUUUGGGUCUUAUAUAUCUCCUCUUUCCCGAGACAAAGGGGCGGUCUUUGGAAGAGGUGGCUAUGAUUUUCGACAAGGAAAACGAAUCGGAGAGUGCUAGUAAUAAGGAGACAGAGACAAGAUAG